CCUCUCUCUCUCUUUCUAUCUCCUGACAUAAUUAACAAGCUGUUCUGCGACACAAAUCUUCAAUUAUUGAAGCUUGUAUUCUCUAUUCCUGAAAUGGGUUUCUGAUUUUGAUUCUACCGACAGAUUUUGCUUCAGAUUCCACUUAAACUUCAGCUCUUACUGUUGAGAAAAGGUCAUGUGAUGACUUCAGUGUCUGUUACCAUAUCUCUUUGCAACUGAAGUGUGCCUAAGAUAUUCCGUUGGUUGUUGCCAAUCAAUGAUAUGGGAAUUGGAGCUCAAUUUCAAAGGUUAUCCCAUGUCAAUAUCCAGAGAUUGAUGUUAAUUAUGGGCAUGAUAAUCACUGUCGUUGUUCUGUCUCAAUUAUUUGCACUUCCCUAUGGCCAUUAUUUAUCAGUGCAUCCAAAUUCCCAUGAGGGUACAGGUUUUUUGGCGGUUAGCAGCACCGUUCUUUUGAAUGGUUCAAAAUCAGCAAAUAGUAUUUUUCUACAUGGGGUGGUAAACAAGACUGAUGCUUCUAAAUUGGAUGAGGAAGAUGGGUAUGAGAGUGAAGUAGAAGGGGAGGGCAAAACCUAUGGUUCUGCAUCAAAGGAUGAUGGAAAGAUGGACAAAUUUUUUGAAAAAGAGAAGAACUCGCGUAAUGAGUCUACAUCUAAGGAGGGUCUAACCCUAAAGAAAAGUUCGACAAUGAGAAAUGUUAGAAGUACAAAUAAGAGUUCUAAUCAAGAAAAGGUUAUGGACUUUGGAUUAACUUCCAUUCAGUGGGUGAAGAAAUCAGAUUACAACCUUACCCGAGGCAACAACCCAAAAAAUAAUACCUACUCAACACCUGCCAAAUAUCCCAAUCGAGCUGGUUCUGGUUCCCUGCCACUCAAGGCACCAACAAUCUCUAAAUAUGACAACUCACAUGAAGAGGCAACAAAUUCAAGUGUAUCUGCUCUGGCCAACACGUCUGUGAUUCGUAACAGCAAACAAGUUAGGGAAACCCAACCCAAAAUUUCAAAUACUGGGCUACUGCAAUCUGUUUCAGAUACUUCAAACAAUACGUCGUCAAUGGCUGGUAAUUCUGUGAUGAAGGAGGGGAGGAUAAGACCAACAUCGAUAUCUGAUAUGAAUUCAAUAUUGCUUCAGACUUAUGUUUCAACCAGUUCAGUGAGGCCACAGUGGUCUUCCGCACGCGAUAGGGAACUGCAAAAUGCAAAGUUACAGAUUGAAAAUUCUAGAAUCCUGAAGAACACUCCUGGACUUCAUGCUUCUCUUUUUCGGAAUUUUUCCAUGUUUAGAAGGGGUUAUGGAUUGAUGGAAAAAAUGCUCAAAGUUUAUAUCUAUAGGGAAGGGGAAAAGCCAAUAUUCCAUCAACCAUAUAUGAGGGGAAUCUAUGCUUCUGAAGGAUGGUUCAUGAAACUGAUCGAGGGAAAUAAACAAUUUGUUGUGAGGGAUCCCAAAAAAGCUCACUUGUUUUAUUUACCUAUUAGUUCUCUGAAGCUAAGGAGUGUACUUCAUGAACAAAAUUUUUCUACUCAGAACGAUUUACAGAAGUAUCUGGAGAAUUAUGUGGACAUGAUUGCAAAGAAAUAUCGUUUCUGGAACAGAACCAAAGGAGCAGAUCAUUUUCUUGUUGCUUGUCAUGACUGGGCCCCCCAUUUCACACGAAACAAAAUGGGAAGUUGCAUCAGAGCUCUCUGCAAUUCCAAUGUUGUCAGAGGUUUCAAAAUAGGGAAGGACGUUUCUCUCCCAGUAACCUAUGUUCGUACGUCUCAGAACCCCCAAAUGGAUCUAGGAGGAAACCCCCCUUCAGAGAGACCUAUUUUAGCUUUCUUUGCUGGGGGAAUGCAUGGUUAUCUCCGUCCAAUCUUAUUACAGUACUGGAACAAUAAAGAACCAGACAUGAAGAUCUUUGGGCCAAUGCCUCGUGACAUUGAAGGUAAAUUGAGAUACAGGGAGUUCAUGAAGAGCAGCAAAUAUUGCAUUUGUGCUAAGGGCUAUGAAGUUCACACUCCACGGGUGGUUGAGUCAAUAUACUAUGAGUGUGUACCAGUUAUCAUAUCAGACAACUAUGUGCCUCCAUUCUUUGAGAUAUUGGAUUGGGAAGCGUUUUCUGUGUUUGUUUCAGAGAAAGAUAUUCCAAAUUUGAGGAACAUACUUCUCUCAAUUCCAGAAAAGAAGUACCUGGCCAUGCAGCAGAGAGUAAAGAUGGUGCAGCAGCAUUUUCUUUGGCACAAAAAGCCUGUAAAGUAUGACUUGUUUCAUAUGAUCCUUCACUCAAUUUGGCACAACAGAGUUUUUCAGUUGUAGAAAGAUAUUCUGAAGAUAAGAAAAGAUGAAUCUUUUUUUCAAAAUACCAUGAUUUGGAAUUUUGAUUUCAUAUGUGUUGUAGUUUCUAGCUUAUUACUCCAUCUACAGUUGUUUCCAUGAAAACUGAUUCGAAC